AUGUCCGACUAUGCGCGCCCGACCGGAAGUCAGCCAAUUGAAUUGACGGAUAUGCGAGAAGUUCAUCGGACUGGAGAGAAUGGGACAAGACAAAGAGCAAGUUCGAUAUCCACCGAUGAAGAUGAGGAAGAGGACGCUGCCUUACCCACAGACCCUUUUGAACCAUUUGGUGACGUUGAGCCAGCAACAGGGAGCAUCCUCACCUUUCGUGCCCUAAUCGUGGGUUGCUUGUGUGGAACGCUUGUGAACGCCUCCAAUCUGUAUCUCGGACUCAAGGCGGGCUGGACGGACUCUGCCAAUAUUUUCGGGUCCAUCAUUGGCUUUGCAGUGCUGCAGCCAUUGACGUCGUAUUUGUCUUCUCUGGGAUACCACAGCCAGCACUUUGGACCUCAGGAAAAUAAUAUCGUCCAGACUGCGGCUACCGCCGCUGGAGGAUUAUCCAAUGUCUUCGUCUCCGCCAUACCCGCAUUGUAUCAACUGGGAUUACUCACUACCCCCAGUAAGGACUUUGCACGUUUAGUAGCUAUUACCGCAGCUGGAGGAUACUUUGGUCUCCUCUCUGCAGCUCCCUUGCGCAAGUUUUUCAUCUUUCAAGUGGCAAGAGAACUCGGACUUCUAUUUCCUUCCUCGUCGGCAACGGCGAUCACCAUUCGCGGUAUGCAUCUUGCAGCUAGUGGUGCGUACGAAGCCCGACAGAAAAUGCGAACUUUGGCGUACAGCUUCAUCUUCGCUAUGCUGCUGCGUGUGGUGUCUCAAUAUGCCAUUGGUAUCUUAUGGGAUUGGCAUAUCUUCACUUGGAUCGCGUCAACUGGCUUCAUGGCAGACACAGCCAUGGCUAUAGAAAGCUGGGGCUGGUUUAUUGAAUGGACCCCGGCUUUCAUCGGGUCUGGAAUGCUGGUUGGUAUGAAUGUUGCUGCCUCCUUCGUUCUUGGCUCAAUCCUCGCUUGGGGUAUCAUAGGGCCCUACCUGGUGUCUCAUGGAUUAGCGUUCGGAAAGGAGGCAGCCUCGGCUGAUGGGCUGGUCUCCUACUUCUCCUUGUCAGCGGAGUUUGCAGAUGCUCAGCAUCCCAGCCCUCGAUACUGGCUCCUGUGGCCAGGAGUUGUGUGUAUGAUCGCGGCGGCGUUUACGGAACUAUUCUGCCAAUGGCGGGUUAUCUGGAUAGCCUCCCGCGGUUUAUGGCAAGCAUUCAAGACACGACGGCAGAAGGGGUACGCUUAUACCUCCAUUGGCGGGGAGAAGAUUCCUGCCAAUGAAGACAACAUCCGAUUGUGGAUGUGGUUCCCCGGGCUAGUAGUGGUAAUAGUUGUUACUUGCUUUAUCACGAGCGUGCAAUUCGAAAUGUCUGUCGCAGAGACGUUACUUGCGCUUACCUUGGCGUUUCUUCUUUCACUACUCGCGAUUCACGCUUCGGGAGCGACAGACACUGUACCACUCUCAUCUCUCUCCAAAGUGACACAAGUUGUCCUCGGGGUGACUACGCAAGGGUCCGCAAGCAUCGACAGUGCGCAGCGCUUAAACCUACUCGGCGGGGCUCUCACCAAUAUUGGGGCGAAUCAGGCAUGCGAUCUUAUGGGCGAUUUCCGCGUGGGUUUUCUUCUAGGUACAUCACCACGUCUCCAAUACGCCGCACAGAUGAUAGGAACACUAGUUGCUGCCCUUGUGGCCCCUACCAUGUUCCUUAUCUUCGCUUCUGCGUACCCCUGCAUUCUGUCAACCGAAGACACUGCUGGAGAUGGUGGGGAUCACCAGUGUGAGUUCCCAGCACCCGGUGUCGCCGCCUGGCGUGCCAUCGUCCUCGCCGUGACAAGGCCCGAAUCUCCAAUACCACGAAGUAGCUGGGUGUUUUCCAUAGCCAUGGCGGUAUUGGCCAGCGCGAUGGUGCUGGUGAAGAAUCUCUGCACCAGUAAAUGGAACAGAAUACAGCCUUAUUACCCCAAUAUGAUGAUUAUGGCGAUGGCGUUCACGCUACCGUCGACGCAAUACGGAACGGCAAUGCUCAUUGGAGCCGUGAUUGCCUCCGUAUGGAAGAAGAAGUGGCCUGACGGGUUUGAAAAGUAUGCCUAUGCUGUGGCAGCUGGCGCCAUGGCUGGUGAAGGUAUCGGAGGAGUCGUCAAUGCUAUCCUAUCCGGAAUCGGGCUGGACGGUGGAAACUUCGGCACCACCGUUGGUACCCCGUGA